AUGGAUUACUACAAGGCCUCUUUCUUCUAUGAACCGCUAUUAUCAACGAAGCACUUCGUCUCUCAGGAACUUCAGACACCGGUUGGGCAAUCCGACUAUUUCGUCCACCGAGAUCCCGCAAUCUUCCCCAAUCCAGAUACAUUUGAUCCUGAUCGUUGGAUUCGUGCCGGAAAAGAGAAUGUCAACCUGAAGUCAUUUCUUGUUGCCUUCUCUAAAGGCAGUAGGCAGUGCAUCGGAAUCAAUCUGGCCUAUGCGGUACUCUAUCUGACCGUAGCCACCUUGAUACGCCGGUACGAUAUGGAGUUAUACAAUGCCACGGAAGAUGAACUUCGAACAGCCCGGAACUUUCUGCUUCCACGCCCUGAAAAGGGCCACGCGACUGUUAAUGUAGUGGUCAAGGAUAUCCUGACCACAUGA